AUGUCGGCCCUCCGACCAACAUGGAGACUGCCUCGAUGCUACAGCUACCGCCUACAGCGAUUUCGCACGCUGCAAACCGUCGCGUCGGCUGCCAAAGUCCCUGAAUUUGCUUUCGCAUUCGAGUUGAGCGGCUCGCCCACCCCCCCUGCUCCGACCACCACUGACGGCUGUCACUCCGAUCCGUUGCCUCGCGCCACCAAGGCCCUAUCCUACCUCCAGUCGCAGCGCAUCCCGUUUAUCCUGUUGACGAAUGGAGGUGGGAAACAUGAGUCGGAGCGCGUGCGGGAUUUGAGUAGGAAGCUGGGCGUGGAGAUGGAUACUAGCAUGUUCGUGCAGAGUCAUACGCCGUUCGCGGAUAUGGAGCAGUACAAGGAUAAGACUGUCAUGGUGGUGGGUGGAGAGGGCGAUAAGUGCAGAGCUGUUGCAGAGGCAUACGGAUUCAAGACUGUUGUCACGCCUGCUGAUAUAUUGGCCGCAAAUCCCGAUGUCUGGCCAUUCUCCCAGCAAUUCCUCUCAUACUACAGCACGUUUGCGCGCCCGUUGCCUGCGCCCAUCGACCCUUCCUCUCCUUCGACUUCACUGCGCAUAGACGCCGUGUUUGUAUACAACGACCCACGCGACUGGGGCCUUGAUGCGCAGAUCCUCAAGGAUGUUAUGCUAUCUGAGCGCGGCAUCAUGGGCACGCUUUCCGCCAAGAACGGCAAUUCAAGUCUACCAAACCAUGGCUACCAGCAGGACGGACAGCCACCAAUCUACUUUUCCAACCCGGAUCUACUGUGGGCCGCAAAGUACCACCUGCCACGUUUAGGACAAGGAGGUUUCCGUGAGGCGCUCGAAGGCAUAUGGGCAGCUGUGACAGGCGGUCCAAAGAAGGGAGUUGAGCUUCAAAAGAUCGUCAUGGGUAAACCAUACCAGCCGACUUAUGAAUUUGCCGAGAAGCGGUUGAUUGCACAUCGACAAGACAUCACACGGUCAGGCGCCAACCUGGAACCAUUAAGGCGUGUUUACAUGGUUGGAGAUAAUCCGGCGAGUGAUAUUGCUGGAGGCAACAACUACAAAAGCCCAUAUGGAACAGAUUGGGCGAGCAUUCUAGUGCAGACUGGUGUGUUUGUAGAAGGCACGACGCCGGCACACCAGCCUCGUAAGAUUGUUGGCGAUGUUUGGGAUGCAGUGUCUUGGGCAGUUGCACAAGAGAAGUGGACACAAUGA